AUGCGCCAUUGGCUGCUCCUCUACCUCCUUCUCGCUGCCAACGCUGCUGCCUUCGUUCGCCUCCAGCAUAGUUCAUCGAUUUCCGCGCCUCGAGCGGGACUUGCGUACACGCGUUUAUGCGCCAAAUCGCUGCUAGACGAUCCCAUUCUGCUUGCGCCUUCUCCAGAGCCAGGCAAGGAAAAUGAAGUGAUAGUAUCGGACAGCCCGGCGUUCGGCCUUCAGCGCACGCUGUACAAUCAUCGCCGCAAGCUGCGCGCGCGAGGCGCCCUCUUCGACCCAGGCGACUGCGUCUAUUUGGCGUCUGGUCCUUAUCGCAACGCCAGGGGUACUGUGCUCUCCACCUUUCGUCGGGCGCCUGGCGAGCCGUAUCUGGUGAGCGUGGUGUUGGACUGCCGUAAUGAGCGCGGUAUUGUGCGCGGCUCGUUAUCCGGCUACCACGGCACCUGCGUUACUGUCCGUGAGUCGCAGCUGACGGCCCGCCCCCUGUUCACGCCGUAUGCGCCUCCGCCGCUGUCAAGCGAAGAGAACCAUGGCCUCGAUCGCCGUGGUGGUGCCCGCAAUGGCAGCACCGUCAAGCCCCUAACUUCGGUGCUUCUGGCUCGUGUCUUCAACUGUGUGCGCAUCUCCGAGUUGAAAUGGAUUUUUGACCGCAUGCACCGCAGUGGUGUCCAAGGAGCUUUGCCCUAUCAAGCAGUUGCCAUUCAGAUAGCACGCGGCCUUAAUGCUCCCCAGGACGCUGUCGACGUCGCCGCCUUACUGACGGCGGUGCUCGAGCGGGUUCGCCUCGAGGUGAAGAAGGGUUAUAGUGACGAAGCCCGCACUAGCACCCCCUGGCUUUCGUGGGCCUUGGGCGUGUUUCGUAAUAGCGGCCUGGUGAAAGAUGAGGCACUCCUUCUCCCGAUAUACAGAUUCAUUAGGGAUGUUUUGAUUUCAGGCAAACUAUCGGACUUGACCCAAGGCGAGAUUGCGCUUCUGGCCAGCGGCUUCCGACAUUGUUUCCGAUACUGCAAUGACGUGCUGCACCGUUUGGCGAUGAUAUAUUCUUACAUGCCAGCGAAAGGCGUCGUUCCGCGCCAUGCGACAUCCCUGGCGGCGGCUCUGGCUCACGCUGGUAUCGUUCACCCCGCAUUUAGUCGUCUGAUGUUCGAGGUGGUGAAGGGGGAGCACGCGUUGCUGUGCCCGUCGGGGGCUGUUCAUUUGCUUGAGUAUUUGUCCAACGACCCCGCUACUCCCCAGGCGAUCAAAGAUGAGUUGCUUGCUUGUUGUAGCGUCGCCGAGUUCCUCAAGCCCAACUCAACUCCGGAUGGGCCCGAUCACAAUCUCGCUUUGCGCCUGGCAUGGCUAUCUGAGCGCGAGAUGUCUGAGCUAUUACACGCGCUUCGUACGGGUGAGUGUGAGAUGCCGCCUUCUGCGGCGGCCGUCGCCUUGCUGAAUCCACGUUGCCGGGUCCCCAAUCAUGAACUGACCAAUCUUCUCCUGGUACGAGCUUCUCGCUUAUUCGACACCUUGUCCGUGAAAGCGCGUAAAGCGCUGCUCACGGCUGCUCGCUUGAUGAAGCAGUGCCCUCGGGAGGUUUUUGACGCCGUGGAUCGCUACCUGAGUGGAUUGGGUGCGGAUCGGGUUUUGGACUCUGCAACUGCACAGGCGUUGGCGCAGUUCCUGCCCAGCAUACCGGAUUCGCGUCCCGAAAGUCAGCGGUUGGUGCUGGAACACAUCGAGCGUUUCAUCGCAUUCACGUUGACCCUUCUGCGGGAGAAGGCGAUUGACGUGAAACAACGCAAAUCGGUGAUGGCUAAGGCUGCCACUUGUCUACAAUACAUCCCCAUGUUGGGUUUCGAAUUAGACUCGUUAGCACGCCAGUCCGCCGAAUUGUUGCGUGAUGGUUUACCUUUCGCGUCCGAUAGGCUCAGCGUGCUGUUGGGCAUGAUGGCCGUGCAAUCUAUUUCUCCAAGUUAUUUCGAUGCAGCCGCCGAUGCUGCGCGGGCGUUGAUAGCUGACCCAUCGGUCGGUUUGCCGCAAGAGGUUGCUCCUUUGGCUGAGCUGCUGCUGAUCUUGGGGAUGCACGCCGAAGGGUGUAAAAAGCUCAGAGAUGACCUGAUGCACCUGGGAUUGCCGGAACUACCGCCUGCCCGUACUAAGAAGGUUGCCAAACCACUGCCGCACCGUGAUGUGAGGGACUUUUCAGUGCUAUUCGCGCUUUUGGUACGCUCGCGACUAUGUGAAGACUGGAGUGGCCUGCUGGCCACCGCUUACGUGUUUGCUGAGGACAACAUCGAGGCGCUGUCCAGCGCCGACCUACUACUGCUGCGAGAUUCACUAGUGUCACUGGGUGCGUUUGACGCUAAGUGGGAAGGGCUAAUAGCUUCUGUGGCUAAGGGGAUCGACGCCGUAACUGAGUAG